CAAAGUUGGUCUGCACUUCAUUGAUUCGGUUGAUCUCGGAGAGACAAGACCGCGCUUUUUUUGACCGUUGUUUUUUUUUUCGGUUCUUUUUUUUCCCCCUUCACCUUUCGUGCGUGUGUGUGUGUGUCGGUGUCUUCGGUGUGGCGAACGGAUUUUGACAGUGCUUCUUCUCUGCCCACAAAUUGUGUGUGUUAAAAGUCAACCAAACGACAUAGAGAAAAAAAAAAAAGAAACUUGUUAUUAUUAUUGUUACCAUUGUUAUUGGGGAUUUUCGGUACGUUGAUUACCGGAAAUUAUUUGAACCAGUGUCGUCGGCGGAUUGAAUCAGGAGAAAAGAGAAGAUUGAUUGAUGCUUUUGUCACCCGGCUCAGCUGAGAACGUGUCAAAAAUUCGUGUCAAAAACCGAGAACCCGUGCCCUCCUACCGGAUGGAUCGCAACGACGAUGAAAUCGAUGCGAUGAUGUCGGACGGGGAGGGCGAUUCGAGUGACAACUUGGAUCGUGACGAUUCGAGCGACGACGGAGAUUUGGACGACGGCGUUGGCAACGAUCAUCAGCUGAAGCGACAGGACGGUGGUGAUAUGGACCAAGAAAUGCAGGUUCAUCAGGCGCUGCUGCGUCAAGCCGAAGCGGCCGCUCACAUGCAAACGCUGAUGCAGUCGCAGCUCGGCCUAUCCAUCGGCUCCGGUUUCCCCAACUUGGCCAAUUUUUCGGGCUUGCCGGGCAUGGCCGGCUUGGGUGGUCUGCAUCCCGAUUUGCAAGCGCAACUGCAAGCUCACAUUCAAGCGCUGAGCGCAGGAGGAGGUGGCGGACAGGCCGGCCAGCAAGGCACGGGCAACGGGACGAGCAACGGACACAGCAGCAACGAAAGCCAAUCGCCUCCGGCCGGAAUGGGUCCGCCCAAAACGUCGUCGCCGCUGUCCGGCCUGAACAACGCGUCGCAAAACAGUUUGCUGAGCUUGGCCAAUUCGAGCCACCACAGCAUGACGACGCCGGCGUCGUCUCCGUACAACAACAACAAGCAGCGCCAUCACUCGAACGCGGCCAUUAGUCCCGCCCGUCGCGGCAACGUCGGCGGUGGCGGCGGCGGCAACGGCCACGGCCAACAGCAUCACCACCACAGCAAAGAUUCAAAGGACGACGAUCAGGACUCGCUGGAUGGCUCUUCGUCGCCAUCGCCUCCGGCCUCCAUGUUGGCCAGCAUCGCGGCGGCCGCCUCGGCCCUGCGCUCGCCAUCGGGCGGACUCUUGCCGCCGUCGUCGGCCGCCUCUCAUCACCCUUACCUGGCGUCGGCCUUCUCCAAUGCGCUCGGCGGCCUCUCGGCCCUCACCAGCGGCCUGUCUGUCGGCGGAAGCAACGGCGGCGCUCACGGCUCUUCCGGCGGCGGCCAGCACCCGCCGCUGACACCGUCGCCUUCGUCCGACUCGCCCCAACAGACGGACGCUCCCCGAGGAGCGCCCAAUUCUUCGCAGCAAUCGUGGACGUUUGAAGAGCAGUUCAAACAAUUGUACGAAUUGAACGACGAUGCCGGACGCAAAGCCUUCCUCGACGAGCUGUUUGAUUUUAUGCAGAAAAGAGGAACGCCGAUUACACGUUUGCCGAUCAUGGCCAAACAGGUGCUCGACCUCUACGAAUUGUACAAUCUGGUGGUGGCUCGCGGUGGACUUGUCGACGUCAUCAACAAGAAACUGUGGCAAGAGAUAAUCAAAGGCCUACACCUGCCAUCGUCCAUCACAUCUGCCGCCUUCACUCUGCGCACGCAGUACAUGAAGUAUUUGUAUCCGUACGAGUGCGAGAAGGAGAAAUACAGCUCGCCCAAUGAACUUCAAGCGGCCAUCGAUGGCAAUCGACGAGAAGGACGCCGUUCCAGUUACGGCGCCUACGCCGAUUUGGUGCCACGCGGCAAUGGCGGAGGCGGCGGGGGAUCGAAUGGCGGUGGCGGAGGCGGCGGGAGCGUGUCGGGUGCUGCCCAGCACGCGGCCUCGCUCAGCGCUCUCGCCUCGCACAUGUCACACAUGUCGCCGCUCAGUCUCGUCUCGCGUCCGUCAGCCCUCAACGGAAACGGACACCAUCAUCGACCAGGAUCAGAUUCACCACCCAGUCAAUCGCCACACGAAGCCCUGGCCGAGUUGAACAUGUCACGCAUCCACCUGUGGAACAUUUACAAUAGCUUGGGUGGCGACGUUGGCGGAGACAUGGCGGCCGCGAUGGCGGCUGCGUCACGUUUCUUACCCCAAACAGCGGCCACUGCCGGAACGGGAUCGUCAGGAUCCCAACCACCUCAAACGGAAGCUCUGAACCUGGCGGCGGAACAACACGCAGCCGCCCAGGCCGCUGCCGCCGCCGCUGCUGCCGCUGCCCGUACCCUCGAGCUCAACAAAGAGAACAAGGACAAGGAUCGUGAAUCGAGUGGACACAAGAGCCGACGCGAGCGGAAAGAGGAGGAGCGUGAAAAACGCGAUCGCGAUCGUAGCUACGAAAUACACGAAGAUCGUUCCCAGUCGUCGAUCCGCAUUAAGGAAGAGUCGCUGAUGCAGGACGGUCCGCCGGCCAACAAGCGCCUACUUCUCGAUGAUGACGUCAGUCUCAACAUGCGAAUGACGCCCAUCGGCCUGCCCGGGGCCAACAUCAAAAUUACCAGCAGAGGCGACACGCGCACAAAUGACAAUUCUCUAGUGGUCAGCAUGGAGAUCAACGGCAUCGUUUACCAAGGUGUGCUGUUUGCCCAAGCGGCCGCUGCCGCUGCUGCCGCCACUGCUGCCUUGACACCUGCCCGAGGUCGAUUAGCCUAGAUGGCUUUCCAUCACACGCAUCCAUCUUCAGCCUUCACCAAGCGUUUAUCUCUCUCUCGCUCUCUUUCUCUCUUUAAUAUCGACACAUGAUUUUCUUUUUUUUUUUUUUUUUUUUGUUUUUUUUGCUUCUUCCAUGUCAUUUUUGAAUCGUCUGUCUCAAAAUCGCGUCUGUCUCAAUUCACAUAUAUCCCAGAUUUUGACCGAAAUCCGUUGCCCCCAAGACGAACGAUCCACAUUUAUUUGCCGGGAACUCUGGUAACGUUUUUUUUUUUUUUUUCCUCCUUUGCCCAGCCAUUUCUCUACCCCUCCUCCCACCUCAGUCGCGUCACAUUUUCGUUUGUCGUUCAGCGAUUUAAUUUUUUUUUUCUAUUUCUAAACUGGAGCAAAGAGUCAGUUAUUUCACAAGACGAGUGUAGUAGAUCUGUUGGGUAUUUCUUUUUUCUUUUCGUUUCUUUCUGUCGCCAUACAAGUUGGGUAUAAUAAUCAAGUCGAAUGACGAAAUUGCAUUCAUCGUUCGAACGAGCCGGAAAACGUUUCCCACCUGCUCUGACACGAUUCAAAACUAGUUGCAGAUGACGACCGCGAUCUUGAUGAUGAUGAUGGUGCCUCAUCAUCAUCAUUUGCCCUUGUCUCAAACAACAACAAAAAAACGAAAUUUAAAAAUUUAGAAAACAAAAAAACAAAAAAAAAAAGAUGAAAACAAAGGGAGGAAGAAACAAAAAUCAUGAAUUUCUAUUUUUGUUUUUGUUUUGGGUAUUCUUUUCUUAUUCUCUUCGUGUCUCGUAUAUGUAGAAUGUCAAUUAAAAGAACCGUACACGGCGGCAAAUGUCACAAGUUGCGCAUCAUCACUGUCGAAUGGAAUCCCCCAAUUGUCUUUAGCGUGUCGUUUAUUAUAUUCGUUUUCACCGUUUAUGUAGCAUCAGAGCAGAUCGAACAAGAGAGCCGUAGCAAAGGGCUCUGCAGUGCAAUGUUUUAAGAAUUUAAAAUCAAAAUAGAUUGAGUGUGUAUGGAGAUUGUUCCAGCCGCCCCACCUUUUUUUUUUUUUUAGUUUUAUUGUUUCCUUGAUCCGCAUUACUUUCUCUAUUUCUUUUGCCCCCCCCCCCCUUCCCACCUUAUUCUUCGUUGAAAAUGACGAGUGGAACGGUUGAUUCAAAAGACAAAGUAUACAAGAAUGAAAAUAUGAGUGGAAUCGAUAUUUCUAUUAAGGUCGUAGAUCUCAGGGACUGACUUUUUUUUUCCCCCUUUUUUUUUUAAUUAAAUACAAAAACUUUGGGUUUAAAAAAAAAAUUAUGUGAGUAAUAAAAAAACAAACAGAAAUCAACUAAAAACAGACUUUAUCGAUGAAUAAUUGAUCAUGUGAGGAGGGCGAAUCUACGAUUGUGCGUAUAAACCCUCGACGCUUUUUUUGGCGGAUUUCCCGCAUAAGAUGAACGCGUAUAUGUAAACAAGACUCCGCCUCCCUCACCACACACAAAAAAAAACUCUUUUUCUCCUUGUUUUCUUUCUAUUGUGGCCGGAAACAUAUCCCUCACUACCCAAAGCUCUCCAUUUCUCUGAAUGUUUUGCCUUCGUCGAGUAUAGCAACUUCUUAAAGCAUAUUAGUUUUUUUUUUUCCUUUUUUUUCUUUAUUGUUGCUGAUGGAUUCGUUAUCUAUAGUGCGUCUUUCUGUUUAUGUUUUGCUGUCUUCACAAUUUUCCCAUUUAGAGCGAAGCAGCUCAUUCGUCAAUUAUUUGUCAUGAUCAAUCUUUUCUUUUCUUUCUUAACUGUAUGCGGCGGUUUAUUAUUAUUAUUAUUAUUUUUUUUAAUUUUUUUUUUUUUUUCGGGAAACGACGCACUUGUCCGUUUUAUUUACAUUUUCCACCUCCCCAUGACCUUUAUUUCUUUUUUGUUGAAUGAAUCCGGGUGGUUUUUCAGUGACAGCCGAAAUUGUAUGCCUAUAUCUUCCUUCCCCUUCAAUUUAUUAGUAUUAUUAUAAUUAAUUAUUCAUACCCGAAUGAGGCGCCAUUAUUUUGGAAAAUCCCGUCUUCGAGUUCCACAUUUUCGAUUACUUCUCAACAACGACUGAAUAGUUUCACACACAAGACUUGUUUUGACUGGCACACAAUCAAAUGAAAAUCUCCAAGUGCCUUUUUUUUUUUCGUUUCUUUGUUUAUGUUCAGGAUCCAUUUCACAACAGUCUUUGCCAGUUUCUUGUGUGCGAAUUCUAAUCGACCUCUCUCUCCCCAUCUUUCUCUCUUUAGUUUUACUAUAUUUUUUAUUAGUUUUCGAUGAUUAUGUUCUCUCUCUCUCUCUACAACAUCUGUUCCAGUGCGUGUGUGCGUGUGUCCGUUUGUGUGUGAAUGUGUGUAUGGCGAAAAUGUUAAAGCGUAUCUGAAUUCUGGCUUCUACUGUUUGUUUGUUCAAUUUCCCCCUUUUUCCCCCCCACCGUCAAUCACGUAUCUUAUAGGCUGUUUCUACUCCACAAGUGUGUAUAAUAAAUACAACAGAAAAAAAUCCUUUAAAAAUGA